AUGAAGGUCUCUCCAAGCAGACAACAAGAACUGCUCCUUCUGUCGUCCAUCCUCCGAGCAUCCCGACCGCUGUGUGCAAGGUGUACACAUUCUCGCUCACGACAGUCUGCAUCUCCGCUGAGCCCACCCGCCCAGCGGUCUUUCUCGAUUCUCAAUCGCCCUCCGCCGAAUUAUCCAGGCCAUGUCCCGCUCACACGUGUCGAACGUCUGGGCUUAGCGGUCGGCAGCGCAAUCACAUCACUAACGAACCCAUACCGGCAUGACAUGAUAGCUGCGUUGGGGGAGGCGACGGCCCAGCCGUUCUUCAUUACUCGGCUGCGGAACCGAAUGCUCUCAGAUCCAACCGGCAGGAGAAUUCUACGAGAUCGACCCCGGAUCACGUCCAAGACCAUGUCGUUGGAAAAGCUACGGAGGCUACCGGAGGACACCGUGGGGAGAACAUAUGCAGCAUGGUUGGACCGGGAAGGUGUCACGCCCGACACAAGGGACCCCGUCCGGUACAUUGACGACGAAGAGGAGGCGUAUGUGAUGCAGAGGUAUCGCGAGUGUCACGAUUUCUAUCAUGCCGUGACUGGCCUCCCUGUCUGGGUAGAGGGUGAAGUGGGACUGAAGGCGUUCGAGUUCGCCAAUACAGGGUUACCAAUGACUGGGCUCAGUCUGGCUGCGAUUGUCAGACUCAAACCGCAGGAACGGCAGAGGAUGUUUGAGAUAUUCUUGCCCUGGGCCUUUGCCAAUGGCUGGCGGAGUAAAGACCUGAUCAAUGUAUAUUGGGAGGAAGAACUCGAGACAAACGUUGCAGAACUGCGAAAUCGUCUCGGGAUCGAACAGCCUCCGGACCUCCGGGCCAUCAGGAGGAAACUGAAAGAGGAACGCAGAGCAGCAAAGGCUGCGAGGGAGGCGGCGUUGAUGAACAGCACCACUGCCGCUCCCGCUCCCGCUCAGUCAACUGCCUGA